AUGGCUGGAAUGCAGUUUGAAUAUGACGAGGAGGAUGAACAAAGAAAGAAGUAUCAAUGCCAUUGUGAGCCUUGUCAGGCUAAGAGACAACAUGCUGAAUCUCAUGAGCCUAAGAAGAAAUUUCAAAAAUUUAUUAUAAAACUUAUUCUAAUAAUUGGCUGGAUAUUCUUCAUAUACAUUGCUUACAAAACUUCCCAAGUGGAAUUAGAGUUUAAAGAAUUUGAUCCUUAUGCUGAAUUGGAGAUUGAGCGAGGGGCCACAGUAGCAGACAUCAAGAAGGCUUACAGAAGGUUGUCACUGAUAUACCAUCCUGACCGAGAGACUGGUGAUUCUCACAAGUUCAUGAAAAUAACGAAGGCCCACGAUGCGUUGACAGAUGACGAGGCCAGGAAAAAUUGGGAGGAAUAUGGUAAUCCUGAUGGUCCAGGAGCAACACAAGUUGGAAUAGCUUUGCCAAAGUGGAUUGUUGAGAAGCAAAAUUCUAUAUGGGUGAAUUUAAAAAUUAUUGUAUUACUAAUUAACAUUAUUAAAAACAGUCUAACCUGUUUUCUAUGUUAG